AAUCUGCCUUCAACUUUGGUGUUUCUUCGGGUGUCUGGCGACCGCAUAUUUGCCGGAGACAUGUGCGAGAGCAUUCACGUCUUGAAGUAUAACGCAGCUGCGAACCUCUUUCACGUUCUCUGCGACGACACGGGGCCCAGAUGGCUGACUCGAGGAGAAGUUUUAGACUAUCAUACAAUCGUCGCUGCAGAUAAAUUCGACUCUCUCUUCAUUGAAAGAGUGCCUAGUGAGGCUCGGCAGGAUGAGGUAGGGGAUGUGACGGGGCUGAAGCUGCGAGGAGACACCGCCUAUAUGACAGACAGCUGCCACAAGCUAGAUACAGUGCUACAGUUUCAUGUAGGAGAGACAGUGACGGGUCUCCGCCGCGCUGCGCUAAGCGGCGGAACGACGGAGGCGAUUUUGUAUGCAACCAUUUUGGGGACAGUCGGCGCGAUGGUCCCCUUCCUCACUAAAGAAGAACUGGAUUUCUUUCACCACUUAGAGAUGGUGAUGAGGACAGAGGCUCCGCCUUUAGCAGGCAGAGACCAUUUGAUGUUCCGUUCUUACUAUCAUCCUUUGAAGAACGUUGUUGACGGAGACCUCUGCGAACAGUUUUCUUCUCUGUCUCCUGAAGUACAAACGCGCAUUGCUCAAGAUUUUGAGAAGACACCGGCAGACAUUUUAAAGAGACUCGAAGACAUACGCAGCAGAAUUCUUUAA